AGUGUGCGUGUGCCACAACGGGGUGCUUGAGACUUCAGGACAGUGCGCGCACCACGAAGCGCAGCAUUGCAAGGAGUGCGACGCGAACUACGUCCGGAAAGUGGACUAUCCGGCGACGGGCGAGACAAGCUGUUACCCCACCUGUGCAGGCGUUACCUGCGCAGCGCCAAAUGCACCGGACCAGGCUUAUUACAUAAGGAAGUCAAACAGUACCGAGUGUAGCGGCCUUUCCACCGUAGACGCGCUCAAGGAAAGCACUUUUCCGGAAGUAGGGUGCGUGCACGCGUGUUGCCAGAAAGGAUGCACUGCGCCGGCCCCUGCGUCUGAGCUUGAGGAGAGGGUGGACACAACUGCCAUUGAUUGGGCGCAGCCGCUAGCGGGCGACGAUAUGCUUCCUGGUAUGAACAGCAGCGACGCGAUCGCAGUUGCCGGCGCCCAGUGCGACGAGACAAAAUACACCGGUGCCACUCCUGCGUUUUACUGCCCCAGUGCGGGUGCUGAAGUUGCGUUCGUUGGCUGUGCAGAGAGUACCACCACGACUACCACGACUACUACGACCACCACUACCACUACGUCAACCACCACGACCACGACGACUACGACCACCACCACCACAGUGUGCGUGUGCCACAACGGGGUGCUUGAGACUUCAGGACAGUGCGCGCACCACGAAGCGCAGCAUUGCAAGGAGUGCGACGCGAACUACGUCCGGAAAGUGGACUAUCCGGCGACGGGCGAGACAAGCUGUUACCCCACCUGUGCAGGCGUUACCUGCGCAGCGCCAAAUGCACCGGACCAGGCUUAUUACAUAAGGAAGUCAAACAGUACCGAGUGUAGCGGCCUUUCCACCGUAGACGCGCUCAAGGAAAGCACUUUUCCGGAAGUAGGGUGCGUGCACGCGUGUUGCCAGAAAGGAUGCACUGCGCCGGCCCCUGCGUCUGAGCUUGAGGAGAGGGUGGACACAACUGCCAUUGAUUGGGCGCAGCCGCUAGCGGGCGACGAUAUGCUUCCUGGUAUGAACAGCAGCGACGCGAUCGCAGUUGCCGGCGCCCAGUGCGACGAGACAAAAUACACCGGUGCCACUCCUGCGUUUUACUGCCCCAGUGCGGGUGCUGAAGUUGCGUUCGUUGGCUGUGCAGAGAGUACCACCACGACUACCACGACUACUACGACCACCACUACCACUACGUCAACCACCACGACCACGACGACUACGACCACCACCACCACAGUGUGCGUGUGCCACAACGGGGUGCUUGAGACUUCAGGACAGUGCGCGCACCACGAAGCGCAGCAUUGCAAGGAGUGCGACGCGAACUACGUCCGGAAAGUGGACUAUCCGGCGACGGGCGAGACAAGCUGUUACCCCACCUGUGCAGGCGUUACCUGCGCAGCGCCAAAUGCACCGGACCAGGCUUAUUACAUAAGGAAGUCAAACAGUACCGAGUGUAGCGGCCUUUCCACCGUAGACGCGCUCAAGGAAAGCACUUUUCCGGAAGUAGGGUGCGUGCACGCGUGUUGCCAGAAAGGAUGCACUGCGCCGGCCCCUGCGUCUGAGCUUGAGGAGAGGGUGGACACAACUGCCAUUGAUUGGGCGCAGCCGCUAGCGGGCGACGAUAUGCUUCCUGGUAUGAACAGCAGCGACGCGAUCGCAGUUGCCGGCGCCCAGUGCGACGAGACAAAAUACACCGGUGCCACUCCUGCGUUUUACUGCCCCAGUGCGGGUGCUGAAGUUGCGUUCGUUGGCUGUGCAGAGAGUACCACCACGACUACCACGACUACUACGACCACCACUACCACUACGUCAACCACCACGACCACGACGACUACGACCACCACCACCACAGUGUGCGUGUGCCACAACGGGGUGCUUGAGACUUCAGGACAGUGCGCGCACCACGAAGCGCAGCAUUGCAAGGAGUGCGACGCGAACUACGUCCGGAAAGUGGACUAUCCGGCGACGGGCGAGACAAGCUGUUACCCCACCUGUGCAGGCGUUACCUGCGCAGCGCCAAAUGCACCGGACCAGGCUUAUUACAUAAGGAAGUCAAACAGUACCGAGUGUAGCGGCCUUUCCACCGUAGACGCGCUCAAGGAAAGCACUUUUCCGGAAGUAGGGUGCGUGCACGCGUGUUGCCAGAAAGGAUGCACUGCGCCGGCCCCUGCGUCUGAGCUUGAGGAGAGGGUGGACACAACUGCCAUUGAUUGGGCGCAGCCGCUAGCGGGCGACGAUAUGCUUCCUGGUAUGAACAGCAGCGACGCGAUCGCAGUUGCCGGCGCCCAGUGCGACGAGACAAAAUACACCGGUGCCACUCCUGCGUUUUACUGCCCCAGUGCGGGUGCUGAAGUUGCGUUCGUUGGCUGUGCAGAGAG